CCUUAAUUUUGUUUGACUGGAGUACUCCGUGUACUAAAUUUAGAGGAACUAUACCUGAACUAUACCUGAACUAUACCUGGUAGAGUAGCAGCCAGCCAGACCUACCUACCAACUACCUAGCUUGUCCACGGGUGAGCCAGCCCAGCCAAACACAGUUGGCCCAAACAGAGAAAUAGGUCAAAGUUCCAUGAACCACCUGCAUUCAACCACUCAACCAUUCAAUUCAAUCACUCGAAGCAAAUGAAAGAAAAGACCUUGACUUUGGUAGUUUCAUCUCUUGAUUUUUCAACUCCCUGCCGCUUGCUUGUACUUGUACUUGUACUUGUACAGUAAAAGUACACAUAGUGCCACCCAAUUCGCGAAUUUCCGCCCCUUGAAACUUUCUACCUCAAACCUCACUCCCAGCUUCAAGCUUCAAAAUUCAAACCUCAAUCCUCGACCUCCAUAUUUCGAACAUCCGGAAUUUUAUAAAAAGUCAUCCCACAUUGCCAAGAACUUUGUGACUUCAAUUAUCCAGCAUUUCGAAAUAAUCCUUCGAGCCGCUCAUUGGAUUUCAUUCAUUCAUUCAUCCAUCCAAUAAAUCACCAUCAAAUUAAUAAAAAAACAUCAUUCAUUAUUUGUUGCCUCGGUCGACAGGCAUUCGAACUACAGAAUUAUCACUAAAGCUAGGGGUGAAACUAUCUCAUGACACUCCACGUCGACUUGCGAUCAUCACACUCAACAAUUUUGCGAAGAACGCUCUACGGCGAUAAUUAGACUCCAAGAAGUCCCACGAUUUAUUUGCGCCGAUUUAUACACUUGCGCUACCCUCACUUUGAUAUCCUUGCGAGGUUUUUCAUGAGCGUGAGCUCAAAGGCUCAACAAAUCAAAUAAACACCUUGCAAUACCGCUAGGAGGGAAAUCUUAACUCUGCGCAGUCGAGAUGUUGGAAGACAAAUACAUAGGGCUGGCUUUAGCCGUCACCUCAACUAUGGCGAUAGGCACAAGUUUCGUCAUAACUAAAAAGGGGCUCAUGGAUGCCGAAGAAAGACACGGUUUCGAAGGAGAUGGAUUCACAUACUUGAGGAGUCCGAUAUGGUGGGGUGGCAUAAUAGCAUUAAUUGUCGGAGAAAUAGCAAAUUUUGCAGCAUAUGCGUUCGCCCCAGCAAUUCUGGUCACACCUCUUGGAGCGCUCAGCGUUUUGAUCGGAGCGGUUCUAGGGUCGUACUUUUUGGAUGAGAAACUUGGUACAUUGGGGAAAUUGGGCUGCGCGACGUGCUUGAUAGGAUCGGUCAUUAUUGUCCUUCACGCGCCCCCGGACAAGGAGAUCAAGAGAAUUGAUGAGAUUCUUCACUAUGCUAUCCAACCAGGAUUCCUUUUCUUUUGUCUUUUCGUUGCAGUUUUUGCAGUCGUUAUGAUAUAUAAAGUCGCCCCUAAGUAUGGCAAGAAGAAUCCUCUAGUUUACUUGUCGAUUUGUUCAACUGUCGGCGGUGUUUCAGUCAUGUCAGUAAAGGCAUUUGGUAUUGCAGUAAAAUUGACAUUGGGUGGUGAAAAUCAAUUCAUCUAUCCCUCAACCUACGUCUUCAUUAUCGUAACUGUAGUCUGUAUCUUGACACAGAUGAACUACUUCAAUAAGGCAUUGAGCCAGUUUCCUACUUCUAUCGUAAACCCACUUUACUACGUUACUUUCACGACUGCAACACUUACCGCCUCAUUCAUCUUGUACGGCGGUUUCAACACUUCUGAUGCGGUCAACACAAUUUCACUCCUAUGCGGAUUCCUUGUCAUUUUUACAGGGGUUUACUUACUCAACGUCUCGAGAACUGACCCUGAAGGAAACAAGAUGGUAUCCGGUACAGACGGUAUAGCAACCGACCCCCUUUCCGGCCUAUCGACGAGACGAAGUAUGCAGGCCCGCCGAAGCAACGAUCCGCACAGGAUGAGCAUGGGAAGCAACGGAUAUGGCCGAGGAGACAGAGAGGGGCUGAUCCAUGCAUAUGAUGAAGAAGAGAACGCAGGGUUCGGUCUUGCGGACCUAGCAGACGAUAGCGACGACGAUUCGCUACCUCCACGAGCUAUGAAUGGGAAAAUCAACGGGCAUAGCAGUAAAAAGAGUUUCAGCGAGCCAUUAGAGCAGGAGAGGCCGAGUAGAUCAUCCAAUCGGUGACCUCUCCAAUAGAAAUAUCAGUUUAUUUGAUGUGAUGACACACGUUUCGAAACUAUUGCGGAAAAGUUCGGGCUGUAUAUUUCAUAUGCUAAGGGUAAGGGUUGGAAUUUAUUCGUGAGGGUCGUGCGUGUUUUUCUUUCUUGUUUCAUUAGAAUAU